AUGUCAGCUGUCUUGGAGCCAUCAGUUUCACUAGCGGGAUCUGCAGAGUUGGAUCCCACCAGUAUAGCCUCGCAUUCGAUACAGCUCAUUCAGAACAUCUCCCACAUCAACGAAAAGCUAGCCCACAAUGACAACGGCGUCUUGCAAAUCAGGGCUCUUAUGGAGCUCAACCAAUCGUGCUUGGCUGAACUAUGUGCAUUGAGUGAACGUGUGCUUCAGUUGCAGACCAUAGCAUCCGCCUCAGCAGCAAGCGCAAAUGACGAUGCAGCCCUCACAUUCCAACCAACUUUCGAACACCUCGCCCAGGAAUACUCCCACGUUUUCCAAAAAUUGACCAUGCAUGAUGCGUUUGGUGAGCAAAAAACACUACCUCAGGAUGAGCCGACUGAUGAAAUCGACAUUGACCGAGCUGACUUGGAAGAUGAAAACCCAGAAUUGUGGCCUCGCUGUUCAACGCCAACGCCAACGCCUCCAGAUUUGAAAAAGAUGAUCUCCAUCUCUAAUCUACGCUUGAAGCCGAUUAGGUGCAGUUCAUCCUCCUCCACCACUACCACCACCACGUCGCCAACAGCCGAACCAAGAGUUGUAUCGAAACAAAAAUCAAGGUAUAGACUCUCAGCAAUCUACAACUUGACACCGAUUGUGUACGAGGAUUUACCUAGUGCAGAUGCCACCAACACCGUUAUUUCAGAUCACUCGUCCUUCUCCGAUGACGAAAGUGAGAGAAUGAUGAACAAUAGUGCUACUGAAACUUAUGAUACCACCGAAUCGCAUUUAGUGCACAGUGACCAUCACCAGGAACAUCAACAUCCACAUCAAGGAGACGUGGCAGAAAAUUACGACAUUGGCGUCGAGCCAACAGAAGUUGAUUUCAAAGAGCCGUCUGCAUCCAAGUCGUUCAUCUUCAAGCACCAUCGAUCUAGUUCAGACCCAACAGUUUCAACCACCAAAUCCAUAGACCACGCCGAUUUGCUCAAGGAGCUAGAUUUCGAGCACGACUACUUGCAGUUCAACAGAUUGAAACAUUUCAUCAGCAUGAGCCAGAUACCGAGUCAUCUCGAGCGGCACCAGGAACCUUUUGAUGUUCAAGAUGACUUGUUUUACCGCGACUAUGUUAAAUCGGCAACUGCAACAACACCGCAGCUUCAUGACGAAAUUGACUGCGACGUGUGUUCGAUAGUCUCGGAUGUAUCUUACUAUUCGCCGGAAAAGCAGCAAGGCCAGCCGCCGCUUUUGCAUAAGCACGACUCGGAUUUGGGAUUCGACACGUAUAAUAGUUUCUUGAGGAAGCUGGCUUUAAAUUUGAAUGGAAAUUACUUGAAAACGUUUCCCCAUGCGAAUUAUCCGGUAAGAAAGGAAGCAACUGCAAUUGUCUCGCCAGCGCCAGCACCACCAAUUACACCACCAAUUGCACCACAUCAUUAUCACCAUCAUCUUCUUCAUCAUCAACAUCAUCAUCAAUAUCAUCCGCACAAUGGGAAAACUGGUAAGUUCCACAAUCCAAUACUUCAAUUGCGUCCAUCGAAAACCGUGCUGCCUACUUUGGACUCAUCGUAUCACCAUGAGUUCCAUACCUCCACUUCUUCCACCACCACGGCUGAUUGCAUAGCCAACGGAUACUCGUCAAGGAGACUAUUAAGCGACGUCAUGUCGCGCAAUUGCCCAACUAGCUCCACCAAGCAAACUUCCAAACACGCAAGCGCGAGCUCCAAAUUCACUACUGCGCCACGCACACCGCCCGCGCCACCACGACAAAUCCCAUUCCAAAAACCACCCAUGGCUCACUCAAUCCCGGACUCCGCGAAUAGCCAUCGUCAUAAUAAUAACCCAAAUACAUCGUCAUCAUCACCGUCAUCUUCAUUUCUACACCCCACGUCCAAAAAAUCAAUAGCAUCAACUACUCCCACCGUAACAAUAGCACCUCAACCUCACCCUGUGCCCAGUGGCAGAUCCCUCCUUGCGAAAUUCAUCAUUGCAUCACAGAAAUCCUCCUCCAACAACAGCGCCGCCGCCGCUAAUUUCAACAAUGCAUCAACGACGAGACCAGUCAAGGCACCGACACCGGAAAAGAUUAAAGAUUUAAAGAGACAGAAAAUGUUCAAGCACGUGCCGAUCCUGGCACCCAACGAAGCUCAACUUAAGCGAAUACCUUGUGCCAUACAACAGGGAAGAAGAACCGAUGGGCUGUUUUCUAAUCUCACGAUUCAGAAUAAUAAAAAAUACAUCAAGCAUGGCGAUUCUUCGAUUUUCAAUAGUCCCAUUAUGCGAUCGUGCAAUGAAGUUGCAUUGAGAGAAGCUUUAGCUGAUAGUCUACUUGAUUAA